CAGAAGUUACACAAUGGCAAGCGUCGGCUGUGUUGCUCUUCUGGUGUUCACCAUAAUAGCAAAUGCAGCACAAACUUCUCAGACAGAAGUUUGUACACCCAAAAAAGGAAUGACUGACAUUAUUCGCAACAUUACGCUUGAACUACAUAACAGCUAUAGGUCAGAUCUUGCACUUGGCAAAGUAAAAAAGCAUGAUGGUUCAAUUCUGCCGCAAGCUGGAGCAAUGAUGCAAAUGCAUUACUUGUGCGAACUUGAGGAUAUCGCCUACAAUGAAGUAAGUAAUUGUCCAACAAGUGAGAUUCCCCGCGAGGUUGUUGGGCCUUUGGAGGAAGAAAACUUUGCUAUGAUACAGAAGACAAACGCCAGUAACGCCAAAAAUGCUAUAAAAAAGGCUAUACGUAAAUGGUGGAGUGCAGUACAAACGGAUCCAACUCCUUAUGACAGACAGUUCCACGUCAUGGAUAGGCACACAAACUCCCCGCUCAUGUCUUUUAUAAGGAUGGCCUGGCAUGAAACAUGGGGUAUAGGUUGCGGUGUGAAGAAAUGUGGCGAUCACUACACUAUUAUAUGCCGUUACAGAUGGGGUAUUACCCUCAAUACUCCUCUCUACUGGCAAGGGGCACCAUGCAGUGAAUGCUGGGAUCCAGACACAUGCAAUCCCAGUAUAGGACUUUGCAUUGAAUAGACUUGCAUUUGCAUAAUUUAUGUGAAUAAAUUUUUUUGAAAUA